AUCCUUAUCCUUAUCUCGCCUAACCACUUCCCACUCACCACCUCUACUAUACAACUCUCGCCCUCAAGCGAUAAAGUUACCAACCAUAACCACAAGAUCCCUUCAACCAGACCACAAAAGACCGUCACCAUGCAACUCCAGACCCUCCUCCUGACCACCGCCCUCUUCAGCGCCUCCGCCCUCGCCGCCCCCCAGCCCCAGGGCGACAUCGUCGGCAGCAUAGUGUCGGACGCCGAGGGCAUCGCGCAGACCGUCGCCUCGGGGGCCGAGAACGCGGUCACCAACAUCGUGUCGGCAGCCACCUCGAUCGCCAGCGCGGCCGAGACGGGCGGUGCGGCGGCCGCCUCGGACGCGCGAUCGUGGGGUGAAUCAGUGGCCUCCAACGCCGAGUCCUACGGGCAGUCGGUGGCCUCGGACGCGCGAUCCCGGGCUUCUGAUGUUGCCUCCAAGGCCUCCUCCCGCUGGGACGACCUGACCACCCUCACCGGCACCAACGGCGAGGCCACCGCCACCUCGACCGUCUCCGGCGGGAACACCGCGACGGUGACCACGGCCACGGCCACCACUACCGGUACCUCCACCACCACUGGUACUUCGACCGGCAAGAGCUCCAGCUCGAGCAGUAGCAGCAGCAGCAGCAGCAGCAGCAGUACCGCCUCGAGCUCCAGCUCCGAGGGCGCAGGUGUCCAGGCUACUCCCGCUGCCGUGUUGGGCUAUGGAAUCGCCGGUGUGGCGGGUGUCUUGGGUGUGAUGGCUGCUUUGUAAGGGGUGGAGUCGGCUUGAACAACUGAUUCAUUUUCGGUUUAUUUUCUUCAAGAGAUCACGAUUGAUCUAGGUACCCUUUCUUUUUUUCGGGUGGACUGUACAUGACACUAUUCAACAUACCAUUGUUCAUAACUAUAUCCCUGUUUUUUUUUUUUUUUUUUUUUUUUUUUUUUUUUUUUGCAUGUUUCAUACAUAACAUUCAGUCCAUAGAACGAUGCUUUUCCUUUCUGUUCUUAUUCCUCUGAGAUUA